CUUUUAUUUUAGUUUUCCCUUUUAAGUUUCAAGCUUGUUUUUUAAUCCAACACUACAAGAAACUCAAAACUUCAAUUGUGAAUAGGUUUACCUUUGGUCUCCGAACAACCGUUAGGCAUCUCAAAACUUUAGUUAGAGUUGGGUUACUUAACUUUAUUUAAUUUUCCUUUUAACUCAAGCUUCCUUUUCAAUCCAACAUUAUACAGCAAAGGUAUUGCUAAAAAAUGUUGAAUUUAUACAUACCAAAGUGCUGUAUGUGCCUUCGGAAGCAGUCCGUGUCUUCAUUAGAUUUCUCUACUCUUCACGGUAUGGAUGCUAUCUACUCAUUCGUGUAGAUAGUUCACUGUCCUCUAAUUCUCUAAAGAUCAUAUUUCAUCCCAAACAGUUUACAGUGACUGAAGUUGAUGAAGACAGUGCAGAUUCUUCUUCUGAUGAUGAUGACUUUUGAUGUGUGCGUGCAUCUUUCAGUGAGAAACAGAUGCACUGAUUUAUUUGUUUGGUGAAGGUUUGAGCAGGAACAGAUGAAGGAGCACGCUCUGCAUUUGCUUGUACUCUCCCACGUCUUCUCGGUGCCGUCUCUGAAGACGGUCUGCGUCGACCAACUCGAGAGGGGCUUCCUCGCUCCUGACAACGUGGUAGACAUGCUGCAGCUUGCCAGGCUGUGUGACGCGCCCCGCCUUGCGCUCGCCUGUGUCCGGAUGGUCAUCGGGGAUUUCAAGACCAUCUCUCUGACGGAUGGGUGGAAAGUGAUGAGACGGGCCAAUCCAAGUAUGGAACAGGAGCUGCUCGAGUCUCUUGUCGAAGCUGAUACGAGAAGGCAGGAAAGAGCUAAAAAGAUGGAAGAAAAGAAAGUGUAUCAGCAACUGUACGAAGCAAUGGAGGCGCUGGUCCACAUCUGCCGGGAAUCAAACAUAUAUGAAAACAAUCAAACAUAUAUUGGACUGACUGAAAUCCCAUUGUUCCUAAGGAACGGAAAUUGGUAUUGAUGCAAUAUAUAAAGCAUGUGCUUGCUGAACGUCUUUUCUAUUCGUCAUCACAUUUCUUUUCUGCUUCUCUAAUUUUCUCGAAUGCUUCUUUGCAAAUACACCAUGGAUUAGGAUUACCUGUGGGUUUCAAUCUUUUUUUGUAGGUUACGCCUAAUCUUUACGGCAAUUUGGUGGCUAACACGACUGCAUGUAUUGUUGGAGGGAUGGGCAUCAUGCCUGGAGACUUUGUGGCAUAUGGAACUUCUUGGAGCUUUUUGCUAUGGUCUUCAUCAAGUUUUCUACCAAUGACUUAUCUCCCGCUACCCCGACCCGCUCAUCAAGGCCAACGACACCAUCAAGAUCGAUCUGGAGACCAACAAGAUCAUGGACUUCAUCAAGUUUGACGUCGGCAAUGUGGUCAUGGUGACUGGUGGGAGGAACACCGGGCGUGUAGGAGUCAUCAAGAACAGGGAGAAGCACAAGGGCAGCUUUGAGACCAUCCACGUGGUGCUUGGAGCUUUUUGCUAUGUCUAGUUUUCUCCUAUUUGUUGUAUAGGAAUACAUAGAAUAGAAUUCAAAUUUGGUGGUCGCAAAAGUGUGGAGACUUUAAUUCAUAUAAAGUUAGGCUUAACAUUAGUGCAAACAAUUGUAUUUUAGUUUAGAUUUAGAGUACACUUAUGUAUGCAUUGUUUGACAAUGUUUAUUUAUGAUAUAUUGAAUGGUACUUAUUUAUAUUAUAUUAA